GCAAUUUUACACGUUUCGACGAACAUAGGACUUUAACAAAAAACACAAAACAAGAAAAAAAAAUCCAGCUUCUUUCUUCAGUUGUUCACUGAACAGAGCUAACGAACAGCACACAACAGAAUCAGAAUGACGUCGAAGAGAGAAGAGAAGAUGAAGAAGAUGUUUGGGAAGCCAUCGGCUGAGUCGGAGGACUACGCGGCGGUGCGUGAGCUCUUCAGGCACCACAUAGAGUCAUUCGAUCACUUUGUCACUGCUGGUCUUGAGACUAUGCUCAAUAAAAUCAAGCCCAUCGAAGUCGUCGACUCUUCCACCGGAACAAGCCUAGCAAUUUGGUUUGGCAAACCUUUUUUAUUCCCACCUCAAAAGGAAGAAUCAAAAACUGCCCGUGGAAAGCUGCUUCCUUUCGAAUGUAGACAGGCUAAACUUUCCUACACAGGGAAAUUCAUGGCAGAUGUUUACUUUAAGUAUAAUGAUGGACCCGCAAUAAGAGAGAAUUUCAAUUUUGGGCAGCUUCCCAUCAUGCUAAUGUCAAAGCUUUGCCACUUAAGAGGUGCUAAUCCUGAAAAGCUAGUUUCUUGCAAAGAAGAGUCAUCAGAAAUGGGUGGUUACUUCGUGUUAAAUGGGCUCGAGAGAGUUGUUCGGCUUGUCAUAUUGCCAAAGCGGAAUUAUCCAACGAGUAUGGUGCGAAAUUCAUUUCGUGAUCGAAAGGAAGGAUAUACUGAUAAGGCAGUUGUAAUAAGGUGUGCAAGAGAAGAUCAAUCUUCAGUAACAGUCAAAUUGUACUACCUUCGUAAUGAUAGCGCAAGACUUGGAUUUUGGAUACAAGGGAGGGAAUACUUGCUUCCUGUGGGUCUUGUCUUAAAGGCUCUUAUUGACACUACUGAUCACGAAAUUUAUAAAAAUUUGACAUGUUGCUAUGUUGAGAAAGAUGAGAGUUGCGAUGUCAAGAAAUAUGAGAAAGGAAAGGGUAAUGUUGGCACUCAGCUUGUGGGUGAGCGGGCACACAUUAUUCUAGAUGAAGUGAGAGACUUUAUCACUCGCCGUCAAUGUCUAGAGCACAUUGGAGGGCACUUCCGACCUCUUAUGCGUGGACUGGAGGAUGAAAGUGAUCUUUCUGUGGUUGGAGAAGCUGUUCUAGAGGACUACAUAUUUGUUCACCUUGAUAAAGGGUUUGACAAAUUCAAUCUGCUCAUAUUUAUGGUGCAGAAGCUUUUUUCUCUUAUGGAUCAGACAUCCUUGCCAGACAAUCCAGAUGCCUUGCAAAAUCAUGAAGUCUUACUCCCUGGUCACUUGAUUACCAUAUAUCUCAAGGAAAAACUAGAAGAUUGGUUGCAAAGGGCCAAAAAACUUCUUCAAGAUCAGAUCAACAACAAAAGCAAGACUUUUGAUUUUUGCAGCUUAGUAAAUGUAAAGAAGGUUUUGGAUAAAAAUCCUUCAAAGCACAUUAGUUUAGCUGUUGAAAAUAUGUUGAAAACCGGAAGGCUUGUUACACAAUCAGGUCUAGAUUUGCAGCAGAGGGCAGGCUUAACGGUUCAGGCAGAGAGGCUUAAUUAUUUGCGUUACUUAUCUCAUUUUCGUGCCGUCCAUCGAGGAGCUUCAUUUGCUGGACUUCGCACCACAAGCGUCCGGAAAUUGCUACCUGAAUCUUGGGGUUUUCUUUGCCCGGUGCAUACACCUGAUGGAGAGCCGUGUGGCUUGUUGAACCAUAUGACUUCCACUUGUAGAAUUACAUCCUACUUUGAUGCACAAGGAAAUAUUAGAAACUUCUUGCAUAUCCGAGAGUCUAUUCUCACUGUUCUGAGUGAGCUUCAAAUGAUAUCUUCAGUGCCAAAGCUGGUUCAAGCUGGUCCUCCUGCAAAUCUUUCUGUUCUUUUAGAUGGCUGUGUUGUUGGUUCUAUAUCUUCCAAAGUAGUUGAGAAAGUUGUGGCUCAGUUAAGGAGGCUGAAAGUGUCAGCUUCUUCAGUGAUUCCUGAUGAUCUGGAAGUGGGAUAUGUACCUUUAAGCUCGCGUGGGGCAUAUCCUGGUCUGUACCUUUUCACUUCUCCUUCUAGAUUUGUUCGGCCAGUUAAGAAUAUUUCAAUUCCUUCUGAUGAAGGUCAAAAUAUUGAACUUAUUGGGCCCUUUGAACAGGUUUUCAUGGAAAUAAGAUGUCCUGACGGUCGAGAUGGUGGAAGGAAAGAUGCUUUCCCUGCAACUCAUGAAGAAAUUCAUCCAACAGGAAUGCUCAGUGUCGUCGCUAGUCUUACACCUUGGUCAGAUCAUAAUCAGAGCCCACGAAAUAUGUACCAGUGUCAGAUGGCAAAACAAACAAUGGCCUUCUCUUUACAAGCACUUUGCAAUCGUGCAGAUCAAAAGCUGUAUCAUCUUAAGACUCCUCAGUCUCCCAUUGUUCGUACAAGUGCAUAUAAGAAGUACUGCAUUGAUGAAUAUCCAACAGGCACAAAUGCAAUCGUUGCUGUACUGUCAUAUACUGGGUAUGAUAUGGAGGAUGCCAUGAUUUUAAACAAGUCAUCUGUGGAUCGUGGAAUGUUUCAUGGACUAAUUUAUCAGACAGAAACAAUUGACUUGUCUGAUCAAAAGAGCAGGUCAGAUAGAUCACGGAAAUUUUUUAGGAGAAGUAACAUCAAUAAGAAUUCCUCGAUCGAUUCAGAUGGUCUUCCUUAUGUUGGUCAGACAAUAAAAUCCAAUGAAGAAUUGUAUAGCAUUCAUAAUGAGGUGACAAAUGAGUCAAGAUCCAUCAAACACAAAGGUUCAGAGCCUGUUAUCGUUGACUAUGUUGCUAUUGAUGGGAAGAAGCUUCUUCAGAAGGCGAGCAUACGCUUUCGACACCCUAGAAACCCUAUCAUUGGUGAUAAAUUUAGCAGCCGACAUGGACAAAAGGGUGUUUGCUCCCAGUUGUGGCCUGAUGUUGAUAUGCCAUUUUCUGGGGUUACAGGAAUGCGUCCAGAUCUUAUCAUCAAUCCACAUGCAUUCCCCUCAAGGAUGACAAUAGCAAUGCUCUUGGAAUCAGUCGCUGCAAAGGGAGGUAGCUUACAUGGAAAAUAUGUUGAUGCAACACCAUUUGCUAAUUCAAAGAAUGUUAAUGAAGAGACUCCACCACAAUCGAAAACACUUGUUGAUGAACUUGGUGAAAUGUUAAAGGUUAAAGGGUUUAACUACCAUGGUACAGAGGUAAUGUACAGCGGGGUCUAUGGGACAGAACUCACAUGUGAGAUCUUUAUGGGUCCUGUUUAUUAUCAACGCCUACGACAUAUGGUUUCAGACAAAUAUCAGGUUCGUUCCACUGGAACGAUAGACCAGAUCACCCACCAGCCUAUCAAGGGACGAAAAAGAGGUGGUGGUAUACGUUUUGGUGAAAUGGAGCGAGACUCUAUGCUUGCCCAUGGGGCAGCAUAUCUGUUGCACGACAGGCUUCAUACGUGUUCCGAUUAUCACAUUGCUGAUGUAUGUUCUAUUUGUGGAAGCAUCCUAACGACCUCAUUCGUCAAGCCAGAAAGACGGGUUGGACGUGCGGUUAAGGGACUGCCGCCCAUAAGAGCCUCAAAGAAGGUCAUUUGCCAUGCUUGUCAGACGAGUAGAGGGAUGGAGACUGUUGCAAUGCCUUAUGUCUUCAAAUAUUUAGCAGCUGAGUUAGCAGCUAUGAACAUAAAAUUGACCCUCCAGCUAAAUAAUGCAGCGUGAGCUUGACCUCAUGUUCCUCAAACGAGGAUGUUCAAUUGAUGAAAUGAUAUAGCGGCCGAGACUCUUGCACAAUCUGUAGGUAAUGGAGAGCUGAAAAGCUGUUUAGAUAUGGUUACAUAAAUGAUACGAGAAUGUUGGGGAGUGGGGGAGGCUGCUUAUAUGUAUUUAUAAAUGGCCAAGAGGGUUUUGGCUCUCUCUUCAUCAUUCUUAUGUACACUGAGAUGAGUAAAUCUUAAAAUUUUUUG